AUGCCGAAAGACCAGAAGAUACAAAGUAGCGGCGCUGAUACCUUGACGCCCUUUUCUGUCGAGGAUGGCAAGAUCGCGGAACUGGCCGACGCCGACGAAGCCCUGGCUAUUUUUGCAGGUCAGGAGUUGGUUGAGGUCGACGAAGUAUCCAACAAGCGAAUACUUCGAAGGAUUGAUCGAAUCAUCCUGCCAAUAUUGUGUGUCGUCUAUGGACUGAACUUCCUGGACAAAACCACCUUGUCAUACGCAAGUGUUAUGGGCCUUAAACAAGACAUUAAGCUGAAGGGUGACAACUAUCAAUGGCUGGCAUCACUUUUUUAUUUUGGAUACCUGGCGUGGGAAUGGCCAACCGUGCGCCUGCUUCAAACGUUACCGAUCGCCAAAUACUCUGGGGCUUGCAUUAUCCUAUGGGGAUUGACCCUUGCACUCUUUGCCGUGGUUCAUGACUUCACUGGAGCCGCAGUCGUCCGAUUCUUCCUAGGAGCAUUUGAAGCUGCCGUGACCCCUGGCUUCGCUCUGAUCACUUCUCAGUGGUACAAGACAUCUGAGCAGGGAUCCCGGACCGGCAUUUGGUUCAGCUUUAACGGCUUCGCUCAGAUCUUCGGUGGUUUUGUGGCUUACGGUAUUGCAGUCGGGCAGAAAGACCACCAUUCCAGCACUGCUCCCUGGAAAAUACUCUUUCUCUUCACGGGUAUCCUUACCAUCAUAGUAGGAGUUCUGUUCCUCGUCUUCGUUCCCGACAAUCAACUCAAGGCACGUUGGUUGACUCCAGACGACCGUGUUUUAGCCUUGGCACGCGUACGAGAUAACCAACAGGGCAUUGGUAACAAGCGGUUCAAAACAUAUCAGUUUGUUGAGGCGUUGAAAGAUCCUCUGGUAUGGGCAUUUACCUUCUAUGGUAUUGCCUCGAACAUCCCCAAUGGCGGAAUUACCAAUUUCUUCUCCCAGCUCAUUGUCUCUUUCGGCUAUACUCCAACCCACUCCUUGCUACUUGGGACACCUGCCGGUGCGGUUGAAGUGGUCGUAUUGAUCUUCUGCGGUUGGUACGGCGACAAGUACCAGAAGCGGUUGUUGGUCUCCCUGGUUGGGUUGGGCAUAGCAAUUCUGGGUGUCAUCCUCCUCGUUGCCCUUCCUCCUAGCGCCAAAAUAGGCAAAUUGAUAGGAUACUAUUUGACUCUGGCAGGGCCAGCUCCAUUUGUAGCCAUUCUGAGUCUGAUAUCCUCCAACGUGGCUGGAUAUACGAAAAAGACUACCGUGGCUGGACUAUACUUGAUUUUCUACUGUGUCGGCAAUAUUAUCGGACCUCAAACAUUCCGUCCUUCAGAUGCACCUAGAUACGUCCCGGCAAUCAUUACGAUUUUGGUCUGCUACGCACUCUGUGCAGUUGACAUUCUGUUCAUAUGGUGGUAUUGUCAACAGCAGAACAAGAAGAAAUCCGCGAUUAGAGCAGCUGCAUCAUAUUUAAGGGUGGAAAACUCUGAAUGGCUUGACUUGACAGAUCGGGAGAAUCCAGAAUUUGUCUAUACGCUUUGA